AUAAUUAUAUGCGUCACGUAUAAGUAUUUGGUUGAUGUAGAAGUUUAAUAUAAAUGUGCAUUGGUAUUGAUUCGUAAGUUUCGACAGCAGACAGCUGAUGGCGCUGUGGAACUAGCCUAGCUUUAGCACACGGAAAGAAGAAGCAGCACAGCGUGAGGAAGCGUGUACCAUAACAACGUGGUUGUACUGAAAUUACCGGUGUAUAUGUCCACAUUACUAACGCUGUUUAACGUUACUGUUUAAUAUGACGCACACAGAGGCAAAGCAACAGCAUCCCUCCCUCUAUCUAGAAGUGUGUUCCCCAAACGAGGAGCCGCGUCUUCCGGUGCACACCUCCAUCGCCCUGUUUCUACUGUCCUACUGCGAGUGCACGUCUUUCAAAGUUUUUCUGGUGUUCACUAAACCUGCCAGCACCCAUUCACUGAAGAGCCAGCUAGCAGGGUCUCUGGAUGUGUCUGACAUUCAGUUGGAAGAUCUGCCCCACUUGGUGAGGGGCUGCCGUCUCCCUGCUGCUCUGGAUGAGACUGGGAAGCUCUGCAGGGCAGGGCUGGCGGUGGUCCUGAGACACAUCAUCAGCAAGACCUUAGAGGCGGACCCUUCUAGGAAUGAUGUGUUGGCACUGCUAGGUUUCAAGAAGACCUGUCUGAAGGCCUGUGCUGAGGUGAGCAAGUGGACCAGACUGUGUGAAAUUGGCAUCCCCUCUGCUAUUGAAGAACACCUCAAAAAUCCCUCAAAUCAAUAUCAGCAGCUGCCCCUCUCUAUCCUCACCCUGGAGCAAAGGCUAGCAGAGCCUGUCAAAGUCCACAAUGAUGACAAAAUACGGAGACAGAAACUCCAAGAGCAGAGACAGAAUGAAAAGAAUGAGUCCCCCAAAGGCAGAGGGAACCCAGAUUCUGAGUCCGCACCUGGACAGGCACCUCAGGUGUGUGACGGACUUGAGCUCAGGGCGGCUCUGGCCAAGCUGUCUGUGGAUUCAGUUCCAACUUUGACCACCAGAGAGAACUCUGAGAUCAGGAAAGUGAAGACCACAGACCUGCCUCUGCUUGAGCAUGUGUUUGCUGAGGGACUAUACUUCACUCUGACUGAUGUGGUGCUGCUGCCGUGCAUCUAUCAGUACUUGUGUUCCCUCCAAGCCCACGCUGCGAGCACUCUACAUCAGCUCCCCCACCUGCUGCGUUGGUACAGCCGUGUUCAGGAGGUGCCUGGGGUCCUCCGGGCAGCCAAGACUUGUGGGAUGGCUCUGUCCAUCCCUCAGGUCCCCACGUCCAGCCUCCCAGGGCUGUCAGCUGAGGACAAGCCAACUGGCCUACUGGAGCAAGAAGAAGGCCAGGAGAUGACCGCACAGCUUCCCUUUGUUGGUGGCCCCAGGCCCACAAUGACUAAGCUUAAAGAAAAUGGCAUCGAGGCAGACUUCGCUCCUCAUCCCUGCCCUGCCUGGACCCUCCCAUGGGACAGCUUACCAGGCGCAAUCAACCCCACUGAAGGGAAAAUGUCAAAUAUCCGUGCAGUCAGGAAGAGGCAACAGCUGAAUAACUUGGUUGGCAUGGUUACGGGGCUAGCCAGGCCAGGAUACACCGUUGUGGAUUUCUGCAGUGGAACGGGCCAUGUAGGGAUUGUUUUGGCGCACACACUUCCAGAUUGCCAGGUCCUCCUCAUAGAGAACAAAGAAGAGUCCUUGGUGAGGGCUCAGAGUCGUAGUGCUGAGCUUGGUCUGAAAAACAUCGGCUUCAUUCAGGCCAAUUUGGACUACUUCACUGGACCCUUUCACAUUGGGGUUGCCCUCCAUGCAUGUGGCGUUGCAACAGACAUGGUAAUGGAGCAUUGCAUCCAGGCGGGAGCCGCCUUUGUCAUCAGUCCGUGUUGCUACGGCUUCAUCCAGAACGCAAUCAAGUUCACCUUCCCCAAGAGCAAAAGGUUCCAAGAGACUCUGACUUAUAAGGAACACAUGAUCCUAUGUCGCUUCGCAGACCAAACUGCUGUCCAGCUCCCUCCUGAGAGGCGACUCAUAGGUAAACAGUGUAUGGGCCUGGUAGACUUGGACCGCUCGUGGGCAGCAGAGACUCAUGGGUACUCGGUGCGGGUGAUGACUAUGGAGCCUGAAAGCUGUUCACCAAAGAACAACAUGCUGGUGGGAAGGCCGCCGCAAAAGAGUGGACAGGAAGUCAGUGCUAGCCAACUGGAAGCGGCGGUGCAUAAUUAGGACUGCAAGCACCGCUGUACAGGGUUUGAUAAAGUACUCAGCCUCUGUGGCUCCUAGCUGUGUCAUGAGGGUGCUGAGAAUAUAACAAUUUUUUUAUCCACCCUCAACAUUUUUUUUUUUUUUUUUUUUUUUUUUUUUAAAGCCCCUUUUGUAAAACACUGCCUCUGAAAUAAAACGGAUGUUUGCUUAUUACUUCUGGACUAGCAAAAGUCAUCUUCUGAAAUCUUCAGACUGGAAGGUAAAGGCAAAGUGCCCAGAUUUUUGAUACGACAAACACUCUGUGCCUGCUGAGCACUGCUCCUCUCCUUAGUUAAAUGCUAUCAAUUAUUGGACGCUUAAUUGUAGUAAAAGAGCUCAAGUCUCUCACCAACUGCUACAUUACGUUUUUGUCUUUGCCUAAACUGUGUGAUCAAGCUGUCAGCGUAAACAGAAGCAGCAGGCCUUACACACCCACAUUGCAACUUCAGUACACCAUGCUUCCACAUGCUGUUUUUGCAAAUUGUCUGUAUACGGCCUUCUGUGAUAGAACUCAGGAGUCAGCUCCCUCUGUUGCCAGGUAUUAACAGAGGAAGAGAGAAAUUCUGAAAUUUCUACAAACUCAUCUGCACUUACAGAUUAUCAUUAUCUGCCUCCUCCUGUGUGUUUGUGAGAGACAGAGAGAGAGAGAGAGAGAGAGAGGAGGAGGAUGUAGAAAGAGAGAAAUUGGAUUGAAGCUCGUAUCACAUCAGGUAAAAUACAGCAUUUGUCAUGGUCCUACAGAGGAACUGAUUAUUAAUCAUAAAGACCGAAUGUGAAUAUGGUAUGGAUUGCGUCACACCUUCAGCAGCAAUGAAUAUUUUAUCAUACUGGCAAAAAGGUCAGUGUGCUUGAUUAGAUGCACACUGCUCCGAGCCUAGUAGCUGAAAAUCAUACAAUGCGCACCAUAUUUCCAAUUCUGUAUACUUUAGACAUACUAUUGCCCCUUAAGCUUUCAUUCUCCCUCUAAAAAAUCCUGUGUUCUCACCUUUGACAGUAGAUUGCUGCUGCUUGAGAAGUCCGGGGAGGUAGCUGGAGAGACAGUUUUCCUGCUCACACUGAAGGGAUAAGACAAGAGUGGUGAAGGCUUUUCCAGCAUCGAGCUCAUCUGAAUUCAGUUAGGAGAGUCAAUCUAUCCUGAGGUGAACGGCCACAGACACAGUUCCUUCCAAGGACUGGAAUUAUUUCAAAAGGAGAUGUCUGACUCUUUGUUCAUGCUUGUGGCUAUGCACAAGUGCACAUUACAGAAAUGCAUAUGGGCACAAAAGAGGAGAGAGGGGGAGUAGGUGGCGCUACUUAAAGCUUGCAUGAGAGAGAGAGGAGACUGUCGAGGUGUCAAGUGGGGUGAUUCAACCCAAACACCCGGGGCUCAAAGGUGACUCGUCGAGAUUCUUUGUUUAGACAAAAUAGGUGAGAUACCUGAGCUUCUUUCUAUGUAAAUGCACACCGCUUCCUUACUAAUGAUCAGCCCAUGAUCAGGAAGUCUUUCAGUGAGUACAGCAUAGAGUCGGUGAUACACUGUAAUUAAAAGAAUCAGAAACCGUUUUUUUGCCAUGUCGGUUUUCACAUACCAGGAACUCGCCUUGAUCUUGUGGUGCACAACACUCAAAAUAUACAAAUAAAAGACAGGAGUGCACAGUAGAUUGUCAUUAGUCAGUGAGUUUAUGUAUAUGCUGACAAUCCGCAUUAAAGUAACACUUUUAGAUAUAUUCUUUCCUAUUCAACACUGCAGACAUUCUUUUCACCAUUUGUGCAGGUUUUCAAAAGCAAUUUCAACGGAACAAUUUGUUGAAGCCAAAAACCUCUAAUGGAGCUUUCAUUGUUUCAUUAACUUCAGUUAUUAUUCAUAAUUAAAAUCCAGCUCGCCUUGGUGUUUUCCACUUCAUUACACUGGUAGUGUUUGUGGCCAUUUGCCUGUAAUAGUUGUGUUGCUCCAUAUUUCGGGUCCCUCCUAUUGUUUUUCCGCUUUGACAGUGACCUUGUUAUGUGUUUACAAUUACUAUAACAGGCACUGAUAUAAAGUACAAGCCCAGAUGAAAUGGAUACAAGGGUACUCUGCUGCCCUUUCAAUUAUCUUACAUGGCUUUUAUAUUUGCCAUUUAACAUGCAUUACCACCAAUGAAAUGUGUUUCAUUUUAGUUGUAUAUUUUUUUUCUAAUAAACAACAUUGGGCAUAAUUAUAGAAGUCGAGAAUAACAACAAAUUAUCGUGCACACAUCUCCUCUUUGGUUGCCUAGAGCAGGUCCCAGCUGUUGUUAUUUUGCACACCAUAAUAAUAUUGUAAACUAUUCUCUGGUGCUUCUCAUCCUACUUGUAACAUCUAUUUUUACCUUAUAUAUCCCCAGUUUAGGAUGUCCCCGGUUAUAUUCUAUCUUUGCGCUUAUUUUCUACUUUUGUCUGAUGUAGCAUUGUUUAUUCAGAAUGUAAGGAAAUGAUUCACUUUCCCCACUGGGUUCAUUAAAGGAUGAGUUCACCCAAA